AACAAAUUGAUGUCCUGACACUUUAAGAGUUUCCAUACACAAAUUACAUCUUAAACCGUAUGUUUCUUUUCUCAAAAUGACAAAAAAAACAUAUCUAUUCCUAGAUCAUCUGAAUACUGCUAUAUUUUGCUUUCAUCUGUGGUAAAUCUGGAUAAUCUUGCUGUUAAAAUCUCUGAUAUCAUAUAACUGAAUCUUAGGACAGCUGAAAAUAGCAUCAUAUUGUUACCAUUUGUUAAAACCUAUUAAUAGUAAAUUUUAGUUGUGUGGUUAUGAUUUGCAUUGUUUUUACAUGGUAAAACUUUAGCCAUUACCUUGUGUUGGUAUUUAAGGGGAGCUUAACUCCUAUAUGCAUUCAGGUGGUGCCAAAAAAAAAAUAACCUCACUUUUUUCAGCUCAGGAUUUCGAGUUUUACCCUCGAAUCCUGUUGAAAGAGAGGGGUGCCUUAGGGAACGUGGUAGGAAGGAGUCGUCCUAGGCUGGUUAAUAACUUAACCAUGCUACCUUUGCUUGUCAUAGGGCUUCUAUUAGCCUUUAAUCUACAACAAUCAGAGGCUCACAUUGGAGUUUGCUACAAAACACUAGAGAAGAAUGUACCACCUCCAACAGAAGUUGUAGCUCUCUUGGAAAAACACAACAUAACACGAAUUCGACUCUAUGAACCAAACCAUGAGAUCUUAACAGCCCUUAAGGGAAAAAACAUUGAAGUUUUGCUUGGUAUACCAAACACUGAUAUCAUUCCCCUUACAAUUAACCCUGCAAUAGCUGCAUCAUGGGUGAGAACUAAUGUGAAGGCUUAUUUCCCUGAUGUCAAAAUCAAGUACCUUGUUGUUGGAAAUGAUAUAAGUCCUAACAAUGAUAACAGUGGUUUUUCCUUUUUUCUCUUUAGCACCUUACAAAACAUCCAACUUGCAUUAUCUAAUGAGGGAUUAAAUGAUAUCAAGUUAACAUCCUCUUUUGAUACCUCAAUCCUUAAGAAUCCAUAUGUAGAUACGCCAUCGAACAUCAGUUUUGUGGCCGAGUCUCUCAUGUUCCUCGAACCCAUCCUAAAACUCAUAACGAGCAAUGGUGCUCCUUUCAUGGUUAAUCUUUACCCUUACUAUGGCCAUCUUCUCAAUCCAAAGGGCUUGACACUUGACUAUGCACUUUUUAAGGCCUCGAAUGGGAACUUGUUCGAAGCCAUGUUGGAUUCUAUGUACUCGGCUCUAGAGAAGGCGGGUUAUAAAUCAAUCGACAUUGUUGUAGGAGAAACUGGUUGGCCUUCAGCAGGUGGUGAUGCUGCUACUGUCGAGAACCAAAAGGUUUACAUCACUAAGUUGCUUGAACAAGUGAAGCAAAGUACUGCAAACAAGCCUAAGAAACCUAUUGAAACUUACUUGUAUAGUGUGUUUGAUGAAGAUGUUAAGGGAGCACCAGAGAUUGAGAAACAUUUUGGCUUGUUUACUCCGAACAAAGAAUUGAAGUUCGAGUUCUCUGGGACAUUCUAACUCCGCAUAACCAAGGCUUUUCGUGUUCCAUGCAUGUACAUGUACAAAAUCUAUACAUACACAUAUAUGUUCUGUUGUUUGAUCGUUGAUGUAGUAGAACAUAUAUAGAUUUGUUUAUCAUGUAUCACUAUUGGAAUAUAUAUAAGUUAAACGACUUCUU